GGAGAGCGGUCAUUAUACAGUAAUAGACUCCUCCCGCCAUCUUCUCCUCACGAUGUGACCGUCUGCUCUUCCCGCCACUUCCCCCUCACAGCCGGCUUCCCGCGCGGAGCGUGACGUCACAGCCCCGGCGACUCAUUCCUGUCACCGAGACGGCGGGAAAACCUCCUGUGGUGAGUCCGCGGGCAGCCUGGGACCUGUGGUUCUCCUCCUUGUAUUUGUCACCUGAGGAGCUGUGUGUGCGGAUUAUUGGGGGUUAUCUGGCGCCGGGUCCUGUCAGGAGAUUGUUUCUCUCCAUUCCCUGUAUACAGUCCUUCAUGACAAGGAGAUUUUUAGGAUUUCUUGCAGCUCAGGACAUUGUAUGGAAAACAUUAAUCUGUGACAUCUGACAUUGUAUCUUCUGUAGGCGCAGUGUUCACACUGCGGAUUGGCGCAGCAGUACGUAAUCGCUGUUUUCUAUAAGGGGCACUAAUCGGAAUGUGAACGCGGCCCAAGCCAUAAGGUUUACAGAAGUAGAUUUGACAACAUACGCUCUGGGAAUUCUCCUUGUGAAUACAACAAGCAUAGCCAAUGGGUUCUAUGCAUGGCAACGGCAAUCUCUCUUCUCCUUUCUAUGCUGAUGUGUGGAUCAGGUUUCCUGUGCACAGGUAUUCCCUUCAAAGCUAUGGUUGGGGGAUUGUGAAGGAGUAUAAAUUGUCCCCUUUGCUGUACAUAUCCUGGGGGCAGGAGACAUGCAAUCAUUGUUCUUGGUGCAGACACUCUGAUGUGACCCAUUUGGAUUGCAAGGAAAUCAGAUUGGCCACACACUGUGAUAAUGCAGAAGCAACUGGACCAAAAAGGAACAAUAAGAGUAAAGUGCAGGCAUCUGGUGAUCUCCUGAUUAAGACCUUGGUCAGGCGCUGGCUCCAUUCUCUUCACACACAGAUCGGUCUCUUGUUCUCUCGGUUCACUUAUCUUCUUCUGUCCUAUGAACACCGAGACCCUGAUCACUUCUGUCCACCAACGUCCAGCUGUUUACAUUAUAAUGCGGAGCGAGAAGCAGGAGAUGAGAUAAUAAAGAAAAGCGUAGAGUCUGAGAACACAAGGCAAGAGGACGACCAGAGACUAACAAGUGACAGAUUGAAUCCGAGUGAUAUUUCUAGCUUGAUGUGCCCCAACGGUUCUGUUCACUCAUCUUAAAAUAAGAUAUUGUAGAAUGUGUCCCAGAAAAGCUGUGAUCGCGCUUCUCAUAGGCAAAUCUGUUAAUUAAUGAGAAACAAAAAUAUUUCCAAGUGCCAAGAAGACUUUUCCCAGUUACUUAAAGGCGAAGGAGACCGGAUUCAAGGCAAUUCGGCUUUAGCAGAGAAGAGCACAAGCCUCACAGAGAAUCAUCUAAGCCUUGAGCUACACAGGGAAAUCAAAGCAUAAAAGCGUGAUUUUCAUAUUAAUCUAUAAAUGAGAAAAAUAGGUACUGCUUAUUGAAAUCAUUGAUAAAUCCUAUCAAGUAGUCAUUAAAGAGAGACAGCAACAGCUUUACUUUAGUGCUUUUCCAAGUGACUCCAUUCCAACAGUCAGAAGUUUUUUUUUUUUUAGUAGGGCAUUUAGGAGAAAUCUGUGUGUAGCAAUGACGGUGAAUUGGCAUACUAUAGAAAAUAAAACUGUUCAUG